CGAGGUGGGAGGAGCUACGUGCGCAGGCGCGCUCUUCUGCCGUGGGGUGGUUGUGGUGCCGUUCCCCCCCCUCCCCCCGACCCUGCAGCCCCAUUUUCUGCGCUUGGGGCGGGAAGUCAUCGGAGGGACUGACCCAUCUUUGAAGUGCCGUUUUUCUGCGGGGAGGCGACGAAAAAGGGACGGCCGCCUUCGCGUCGCUCCCAAAAUGUCGCAGACAGCCAUGUCCGAGACCUACGAUUUCCUAUUUAAAUUUUUGGUAAUUGGAAAUGCUGGAACUGGCAAAUCCUGUUUGCUUCAUCAAUUUAUCGAGAAGAAGUUCAAAGAUGACUCAAAUCAUACAAUAGGAGUGGAGUUUGGUUCGAAGAUAAUAAAUGUAGGAGGUAAAUAUGUAAAAUUACAGAUAUGGGAUACAGCUGGACAAGAACGAUUCAGGUCCGUAACACGAAGCUAUUACAGAGGUGCUGCAGGUGCCUUACUUGUUUAUGACAUCACAAGCCGAGAAACCUACAAUGCGCUUACUAACUGGUUGACAGAUGCAAGAAUGUUAGCAAGUCAGAAUAUCGUAAUAAUACUGUGUGGGAACAAAAAAGAUCUCGAUGGAGAUCGGGAAGUUACUUUCCUAGAAGCAUCUAGAUUUGCCCAAGAGAAUGAGAUGAUGUUCUUGGAAACAAGUGCAUUGACAGGAGAGAACGUUGAAGAGGCCUUUGUACAGUGUGCAAGAAAAAUACUUAAUAAAAUUGAGUCAGGUGAACUAGAUCCAGAAAGGAUGGGCUCAGGUAUUCAGUACGGGGAUGCUGCUUUGAGGCAACUGAGAUCUCCAAGAAGAGCACAAGCACAAAGUGUUCAAGAAUGUGGCUGUUAGACUGACAGACUAACUACCAAGACAAAGCUUUUGUUGCAAGUUGACAAAACUGCCAUGGCUUCAAAGAGCUGCAAUUUUAGAACUUCUUUUUGAUUUAGUAAAAAGGACUGCUUAAUUGUAUUUAAAACUAAUACUGUGGAAUGGCAUACAGAAGUGCGCACAUGGCACAGCAAGAGACAUUAAGACUCAAAUACAUGUAUGUAAAUGUUUUAUGCUGCAUAUUUUUGUUUACUUCUAGUUGAAACAUUGCUGUAUCCUGUACACAUAAGUCAACAUUAAGUAUCCAAAGCAUGAAAUACUGUCAUCAUAAUAUUGCACUAACAGAUUUUUUUUUAAAUCAUAAAACCUAAAAUGUAUUUUGUGUAUUAGACUUUAUCAUGUUCAUUUUCAUUGUAUAAUAGCUACUAUUUAUGAGUUGUUGAAAGUUACUGGCAUUGACUGUCAGUGUUUUAUUUGCCACAUCCUUCAAGGCGUUUACAUGAUUUUGGGUGGGGGGUGGUUAGGUCAUAAGUUUACUAAUCUGCCAUAUUGGGGAAAAAAACUUUUUUUUACUGAACUAUAGUUGUCCAGUUUUCUGAUAAUUAUUAAACUUAUUUCAAUCACUUUGUCACAUGUAGGCUAUACAUUUGUGAACUCUGAGCUUUUUUUCUGUCUAAACUGGCCUCUUGGAAGGGUCUUGUUUGUGUCUUUUUUAUAUCCUAGAGCAUAAGGAAAAUUAUAUGUUUUGGGUGUUAUUGGAGUGCAGUGUUUGAGGUUGUGAAUUGCCAUUUUUAUUUUUUUUAAUUAAAGCAAUUUCUGUAAGUAACACUGUUCAGGUUAUACUCUAUAAAAUAAUAUAUGUUGUAACUGGAAGAGGGUCUAAUCACACAAUAUUUACAACAAGCAGUUAGCAUCUGUAAUCAAGAAAUGUAACUGGUAGCAAUUAAAAUUUACAAUAUUGCAGAUGAACUUCUGCGAUUGUGCACAAAAAUUACUUUUUUAUACAGAUCUUUACAAUAUGAUAUACAUGAUAUGAAAAGAAAAUGCUUUUGUGGUAUGCAGCGAUAAGGGAAAUUGUUUGUCAUCUGGAAAUCAUACACAGCUUCUCCUGGAAGCCUUGAUGUAUCCUGUGGUUAUAAAUGUUUGUAUUUUUGUGUGUGUGGAAUACUUGACCUGUUGGAAAUCUUUCCAGUAGUUUUAAAGUACUGGAAGAACAUCUGCGUGUGUUUGACCCACAGCUAAUCCUGAAACAAUGAGACUGUGUAGGGUAUUUUCAAGAGAUCUGAAAUGUCAGCAUGACUUUGAGUUGUGAAAGAAAAACCUGUAUAUUUUGUAUCAUUCACUGUGUAUCUAAAUGUUGAUACUUUUUGACUGAGUCAUGAGUGGAGAGAGUGCAAAGUUUGACAUUAAUGUAGGUAAGAACUCUGUCUUUAGCCUGGGCCGUCUUCCAGUGUAGGGGAAGAGUCUGAAAGGUUGCUGCAUGGGGAUGUGAAUCAGGUUAGAACAGUAUCAGAAAGUAGUGGUUAACAUUUUCUCUGUGUGCCAUUUUCAGGUCAAAAGCGUACAAAUCCAGCUGCUUUCCCAUUCAGAGGAGAGAAGUAGCUGGCAGAUAAUUUGUUAUGGAAACAUACAGGGAAAGGGUUCAGUCUUUUUCCUGGUGCUGUUCUGUAAGAGAUCCCCCAUUUGAGUUAAAAAGAGGGAGGAGAGAGCAGACAGAGUACACACUGUCAGGUCUGCUCAACUUUCUUCAGUUUGUUCCCUGCCAUGCCAGUUUAAAAUCAUGGCAUUUGGACAAGCUUUGCCACUUGGAAGGGGGUUUUUUUCCUUGUGAAUAGUUAGAUCCUAACGAUUCCAGAGGGGAUACUAAUUGACACACAGACACUGAAGUAGGUUUUGAGGUAAACCUUCAUGCAAGCAGCCUGAUUUUUUUUUAAAGUCAGUGCCUAAGAAGAGAACGUAUAGAUUUAAAGGAAAUCCUUUAGCACACUACAGUUCAUUGUGUUUGAAAGAUUUAAUUUGAAGUCCCAUAACCCUCAGUUUAAAAUUAAGCAAUGAAACCCAAGUGGCUAGUAUGUGUUAUUUGUGUAUAUUUGGUUCAUAGCAUGGAUAUAUGGGGUCCAUAGCAUGGUUGUCUUACCUAAUGAUUCAGAGGUGUUUUCAGAGAAUAUUCUUUUAUUAACCUUUUGUGUAUAUAUGUUUCCAAACUAGUGUCAAAAACAAUUCCAAAGAAACUUAGGUAAGUGUCUUCCCAGGCACUACCUUUUCUGGUACCUAUCAGUUCCCUUUUCAACUAGUUUACUGCCAGUUUGGCCUCUUGCACUGAGUAGACUAAUGGAAAAGGGAUGAAUCAUUCCACAAUUAAAAGUAUAUAAUUUUUAGAUAUUUACUCUGAUCUUUCUACUCUUCGUCCCAGAAUAGUUAACUUUCUCAUAUUUUAUUACAGUAAUACUAUAAAAGAAUACUUCUGUUGAACAAAUACUAUGGUUGUCUACAAUGCUAGGAAUUGAAACAGCAAUACAAGAGACUGUCUUCCCUGUGGUAGGGCAAAGUGUGGAGGCUACAGGGUAAAUGCAGCAUUGAUGAGCUCUGCUCACACUGCACCACAGAAAUUAAAUCUCCUUCCCUGUUUCUGAUUUCACCCCAACAUAAGGGGAGAAACGGUUUGUUCUACUUAAAAUAGGUCUGCCACUUAAUGUGGUGAAAAAGGAUAGUGAGUGUUAACACCUUCCUGUACCCUCCAGUUCUCUCAGCUUGUUUUUCCCUGCUCAGCCCCCCCCCCCCCCCACACCUUGGAGCCAGCUGGGAGUGAUGUUCUCCCUCACUUAAGAUUGCAAAGAAACACACUGGACUGGAUACCCUGAGUUUUCUUUGAAGAAUUUAGUUUAACUUUUGAGAGUCCAAGAAGUGCAAGGUUGAGUUGCAAUUGAACACAUAGUUUACAUGCACUGUGGUGGUGUUUUCAAUGUGACUUUAAGUGUGGUGUGUUGCCCCUGUAUUGGCUUUGUUCCUCAAGUAAAGACUCUCUAGGAGCUUAAGGAGCAUUAUUACAGUUGAGCCUUAAGACAGUGUGUACUUGCUCUUGACACUUAAGUGCAUCUAAAAAUAAAAGUGCAUUUACAUAGUAUUAGUGUGCAUUGAAAGGCUUAAAAUGCAUGAGUUUAGUCCUGGAAAGAAUUUACUAUAUGCUUAAUGUCAUCUGAGUUGUUACUAAAAAGUAAAUAAAAUGAAGUUUUAUUUAA